GCUAUAUAUACUUAGCUUAGCCGAAGACCAAGCGAGUCUGCUCGCCUCGCGGCCAUGGUGCGCGAAGUCUCUGGGAUCCUGGUGAAAGGAGACCCAUCCAUCCUGACAUACAUCAAGUACAUUUGUCAGAAAGAGGCCCAUGCUGACGUGGAACACCUGGAUCAGCAGCAUGUCUUCUGUUCUGGCGGAGAGGAGGUGAGUGGCUGGCUCGAAGAGAAGAUCGAUGCCUUUGUUGCUCGCAAUAUGCUGGAGCCUCCCGAAGAUACCGCCACCUUCCAGGGCACUGCUUCGGCUCCAACGAAGGGCAAAGGAAAGCAGCGUGGGUGUGGUGCUGAGGAAGUCAUGUUCACGUCUUGCACGUCGAGUGGCUGGCUGUGGCUGGGGGGCUCUAGCAGCUCAGAAAGUAUGACCUCUUUGUCGUUGGAUUCAAAGGUUACCCUCCACUUCAAGCCACGGGUGUGUCCACAGAGGGCAGCAGUUGGUGCGAGGGCAGGGGCAGCAGGGGCAGGGGCUGUAGGCCGGGAUCGGUCUACAGAGGAGCGACCAAAGCAGCAAGACUCUGAUAACUCACGACUGCAAACCAUACCCCAGACACCCCACUCCAUGAACUAUAUAGAUAUACGAUGAUAUACGAAAUGUCUCCUGAAACCAUCCGAAUGUAGGUGUAUAAUUAUAUAUAUAUAUAUUCCAUACAUGGAGUGGUGGGGUACUACACUCUAGAUUAUCGAAUGGUUUUGGGAUCGCCCCCAAAGCACAAUCUUGAAUGCGUAGGCGGACGCAAGAACCCUUUGCGGGUGUUGGUUUUAGGCAAAACCACAGUCAGCAGAUACAGAAGUGAACGGAGUGUUUCUGCUUGCCUAUUGAAUGUUCAAUGUUGAGAAACCAGCCAAAAUAUGAGCACUGUUGUUUUGUAGGUAUCCUCGGGAAAAUGCACAGUAACUAGACCACAAUAUUAUACAAUAUUCCUGCUGCACACCAGUUGAUUGAAGAGUCUCCAACCCGAGAACACUCCCUGUUCUGCCACUCGC